AUGAAGAACUUGGGAGGAUGGGAGCAAGGCGGCCCGAGGGGCGCGUGUCCGCGGGGGGUCCCGGAGCCCCCGGAGCGGAGGCUCCGCUCAGGGCCCCCCAGGAGAGCGGCAGAGACGGCAGGGCCCGUUGCUCGGCUUUCCAAUAGAGAAAAACCUCGCCUGAUGUCUCGGGGCAGCGUGCACCUUCCAAUACUGUCCCCCAAAUCUUGGAUUGAAGAGGUCUUCAGUAAGAGAGAAUGUGCAUACAUCAUCCCUAGUUCAAAAGAUCCUCACAGGUGUCCUGCAGGAUGCCAGGUGUGCCAGAAUUUAAUCAGAUGUUGCUGUGGACGGCUGAUUGGAGAUCACCCAGGAGUAGACUGUAGCUGGCCCAUUGAUCAGGCUGCCCCACAAAGAUGUGAUGAAGAAUGGUCUGUGCAAAAACACACAAAGACAAGUCCAACAGAUGCAUUUGGUACAAUCAAUUUUCAAGAUGGUGACCACACUUACCAUGCCAAGUAUAUUAGACUCUCUUAUGAUAGCAAUUUGGAUCAGUUGUUGCAGCUGAUGGUUAAAGAAUGGCAGAUGGAGUUGCCCAAGCUAGUGAUCUCUGUUCAUGGAGGCAUUCAAAAUUUCAAGCUUCCCUCAAAGGUCAAGCAGGUUUUCAGCAAAGGAUUGGUGAAGGCUGCUGAGACUACAGGAGCAUGGAUAAUUACAGAAGGCAUAAACAGUGGAGUGUCCAGGCAUGUGGGAGAUGCACUGAAAGGCCGUGCCUCACCACACCUGAAAAAGAUCUGUGCUGUUGGGAUUCCUCCAUGGGGAAUCAUUGAGAACCAGAUGGAUCUAAUUGGAAAAGAUGUAGUUUGCCUGUACCAGACUCUUGGUAAUCCACUCAGCAAACUAAGUACCCUCAACAGCAUGCAUUCUCAUUUUCUAAUGGCAGAUGAUGGGACAGUAGGCAAGUAUGGGAAUGAAAUGAUGCUCAGGAGGAAUUUGGAGAAGUACAUAUCACUUCAAAAAAUACAUACAAGAAUGGGCCAAGGUGUACCCAUAGUUGGGUUGGUGGUCGAAGGAGGCCCCAAUGUGAUCCUAAUGGUGUGGGAGUAUAUGAGGGCCAGCCCAGCUGUCCCCGUCGUGGUCUAUGAGGGCACUGGCAGAGCUGCAGAUAUCCUGGCUUUUUCUCACAAGCACAUGGGUGAUACAGGGGAGCUGCGCCCUCAGGUGAAAGAGGAGGUCUUAGUGAUGAUUCAAAACACCUUUAACUUGGGACAGAAACAGUCCAGUCAUCUCUUUCACAUUUUGAUGGAAUGCAUGGAGCACAGAGAGUUCAUAACCAUAUUUGAUGCAGAGUCAGAAGAUCAGCAGGACAUUGACUUGGCAAUUCUGACUGCACUCCUGAAAGGUACAAAUAUGUCUGCUUCAGAUCAGUUGGAUUUGGCAUUGGCCUGGAACCGGCUUGAUAUUGCCAAGAAGCAUGUAUUGGUUUAUGGACAACACUGGAAGGUUGGUGCCUUGGAACAAGCAAUGUUGGAUGCUUUAGUGAUGGACCGUGUGGAUUUUGUGAAGCUGUUAAUAGAGCAUGGAGUGAACAUGCACCAUUUUCUUACCAUAUCUCGUUUGGAAGAACUCUACAAUAUAAAACAAGGACCAUCAAAUCUACUUCUGCAUCACCUAGUUCAAGAUGUGAAACAGAAUACCCUUUCCUUGGAUUACAAGAUAUCACUGAUUGAUAUUGGGCUGGUGAUAGAGUACCUUCUUGGUGGAGCUUAUCGGAGCAGCUACACAAGGAAGAAUUUCCGAAUUCUCUACAAUGAUCUCUACAGAAAACAUAAGAGAGUACUCUCCAGUUUUUCCCAGAGCCUGUCUCAUUCCCUUCAUCAGAGUAAUCAGACAGGUAGUAGAAUGGGAUCUGCUGAAAGUACUUUGCAUUCUCAGUUCUUCAGAACAGCACAGCCUUACAAAUACAAGGAAAGAUCCACUGCUUUCCACAAGUGUAAGAAGAAACCAAAAGAGGAUAUAAACUUUGCAGAUAAUUAUGAGUCACCUGGGUUUAUCUACCCCUAUAAUGACCUCCUGGUUUGGGCAGUAUUAAUGAAAAGACAAAGGAUGGCAAUGUUCUUCUGGCAGCAUGGAGAGGAAGCCAUGGUCAAAGCUGUUGUGGCUUGUAAACUUUACAGGGCAAUGGCACAUGAAGCUAAACAGAGCAACAUGGUGGAUGACACUUCAGAAGAACUCAAGAAAUACUCAAAGGAAUUUGGGCAGCUUGCCUUAGAUGUGCUGGAAAAAGCAUUCAAACAAAAUGAGCAGAUGGCCAUGAAAUUACUGACCUAUGAACUGAAAAACUGGAGCAAUUCAACUUGCUUAAAACUAGCAGUGUCUGUGGGGCUGCGGCCUUUCGUGUCCCAUACUUGCACACAGAUGCUGCUGACUGAUAUGUGGAUGGGACGUCUGAAGAUGCGGAAGAACUCCUGGUUUAAGGUCAUAAUGAGUAUUCUCCUGCCUCCCACCAUCUUGAUGUUGGAGUUUAAAAGCAAGGCAGAAAUGUCUCAUGUGCCUCAGUCUCAAGACUUCCACCAGUUCACCUGGUAUCAUGGGGAUCAGAGUACACCCAGCGCUAAAGACGCCUUGUCUCUGAAGGAUUAUGAUGUGGAGAAGAUUGCUCAGAAGUUGGAUGAAAGCCAAGUAGAUGGUGGACGAGGAAACCUGCCUGGCACUAGAAAAAUCUAUGAAUUCUACAAUGCACCAAUUGUCAAGUUCUGGUUUCACACGAUGGCAUACAUGGCUUUUCUGAUGCUCUUCACUUACACUGUGUUGGUGAAGAUGGAACCAAGACCAAGUGUGCAAGAGUGGCUCGUUAUCAUUUAUAUUUUCAGCACUGCAAUUGAAAAAGUCAGGGAGGUAUUUAUCUCAGAACCUGGAAAAUUCCGCCAAAAAGUGAAGGUGUGGAUUUAUGAAUACUGGAAUUUUACUGAUACUAUAGCUAUCAUCCUGUUUAUGAUUGGGUUUGGCUUGCGCUGGUCUGGACCCCCUGUUCAAACUGCAGGGAGGCUACUUUACUGCCUGGAUAUAAUAUUUUGGUAUGCUCGACUCCUUGAUCUUUUUGCUGUGAAUCAGCAUGCAGGUCCAUACCUGACAAUGAUUGGAAAAAUGACAGCAAACAUGUUCUAUAUUGUGGUCAUGAUGGCCAUAGUCUUGUUGAGUUUUGGAGUGUCACGAAAAGCAAUCCUUUCACCAGAGGAACCUCCUUCUUGGACUCUGGCACGAGAUAUUGUAUUUCAGCCCUACUGGAUGAUGUUUGGAGAGGUGUAUGCUGGAGAAAUAGAUGUUUGUGAAACCAAUGAAGACUGUCCUCCCGGCUCCUUCCUCACGCCGUUCCUCCAAGCUGUCUACCUCUUUGUGCAGUACAUCAUCAUGGUCAAUUUGCUUAUUGCUUUCUUUAAUAAUGUUUAUUAUGAUUUGAAAUCCAUAUCAAACAAGCUCUGGAAGUACAACCGGUACCGCUACAUUAUGACCUAUCAUGAGAAGCCAUGGCUGCCUCCACCUUUCAUCCUCUUUAGCCACAUUGGACUUCUGAUAAACCGCAUCUUCCACCAUCGGCCUCCAAAUGAGUUGGAUCAAGAGGAAGGCGAUGUUGGACUAAAGCUGUACCUGAGUGAUGAGGAACUAAAGAAACUCCAUGACUUUGAGGAACAGUGUGUGGAAAAAUAUUUUUAUGAGAAGAAUGAAAGCCUGAGUUCCAGUGACAGUGAAAGGAUUCGUCUGACAACAGAAAGAGUGGAGGAGAUGUUUCUGCAGCUUAAAGAAGUGCAUGAGAAAGUAUUUUAUAUCAAGGAGUCUUUACUCUCUCUGGACAGCCAGCUAGGACAUUUGCAAGACCUGUCUGCCUUGACAGUGGACAUCCUGAAAGUGCUUUCAGUUGUAGACACCUUGCAGGUGGAAGAAGCUUUACUGGCUGACACAAAACAUCGAACCUGUAGGAAGCUACCGCAUAGCUGGAGCAAUGCGCUCUAUUCCAAGACCCUGAGCAGCCUGGAGGGCUUGUAUGACAAGAAGUACCACUACUACAGCAUGCCACCUUCCCUCUUACGGAGCUUCGUAAGGAGUCAGUGGCCAUCAGAGUGCAAAGACCACAUGCUGAGGACUGAGAGUAAAAAGGCAGUAGAAGACAGCUCUCAAAAGAUUGAAAUAGAAAGUGACACACUCACUUCAGGAGUAUCCUCUGAUACUAAGUCAACACCUAGAUAUGGACAAUUUUUGCUGGUGCCUCCUGGCCAUCAGGGAGGGUCUUUCUCUGAGAAUGUCACUUUAAAUUUGUCCUUUUUUGGCACUCCUGCCAAAUACAGGGAUGAUGCAUUCAGAGAUGAACUGCGAAGUAGCACUGUAGUGCAGCAAAGCUUGCAGAGUGUCACCCUCACUGGAAAAGAGACAGAAGAUUAUCAAUGGAAACGGAUUAAUUUGCUAUCAGAAAAUACCAGUGCCUCAGAGGCUGAGCAUUCUCUUGGUGUCCAGCCAUCACUGGAUAUUGAACAGCAUGCAGCACCUUCCUGUGAUGGCAAGGAAGAAACUGAAAGAGGUUAUGUGAACUGGGGAUUCUCUGAAGGUGAUGAAAAAGGAGUUUUCAGCUCAGGGAAGAAACAAAAUAAAGCCUUGUGCAUACAUUCCACCUAUAACAGUGACUGCAAUUGCACAGAGUCUUUUCGAUCCGGUGAUCCACACCACAAUGAGUCAACAAAGGCAAAACAACAAAACAGAGAUGGAAAGUCUGGGAGAGGGAAGAAGAAUAAAAAACCCCUUCAGGUGCCGGUGAUUAGAGUGGAUGAUUGUCCCCAGAACACCCAAGUGAGCUCAGAGCCUGCAGAGACUGAUGUCUGGAGUGAGCAAGAGAAGCACAGCAAGAAUCGACUCACUGUGUCUAAAUUCAGUCAGCUAAGUAUGUGGUAUUUUGAAGAUGAUAUCUUUGCUUGCUUGAAAACAUCUCAAGAUCUGCAUCAUCACUACUCAGCUGUUGAAAGAAACAACUUAAUGAGACUUGCUCAGACCAUACCAUUUACACCAAUCCAGCUCUUCGCUGGGGAGGAAGUGACAGUCUAUCGACUAGAGGAAAGUUCACCUAUGAACCUUGAUAAAAGCAUGUCUUCCUGGUCCCAGCGUGGUACGGCUGCAAUGAUCCAAGUCCUGUCACGGGAGGAGAUGGAUGGGGGUCUGCGGAGGGCCAUGAAGGUUAUUUGUACUUGGUCUGAGAAUGAUGUAUUAAAGUUGGGCCAAGUAUUUAUUGUGAAGUCUUUUCUGCCAGAGGUGGUUCAGACAUGGCAAAAGAUUUUUCAUGAUGGCACAGUGUUACAUCUCUGCCUGAGGGAGAUCCAACAACAAAGGGCUGCCCAGAAGUUAAUCUAUACCUUCAAUCAAGUGAAGCCUCAUACUGUUCCCUAUAGUCCAAGGUUCCUGGAAGUUUUCCUCAUCUACUGCCAUUCAGCAAACCAGUGGCUGACCAUAGAGAAGUACAUGACUGGCGAGUUUCGGAAAUACAACAACAACAAUGGAGAUGAGAUUACUCCCAGCAGCUUGCUGGAAGAGCUGAUGCUGGCCUUUUCUCACUGGACCUAUGUGUACACCCGUGGGGAGCUCCUUGUCCUGGAUUUGCAAGGUGUUGGGGAAAACCUUACUGAUCCAUCUGUGAUUAAACCUGAAGACAAAAUAUCUGGAAAGAUGGUGUUUGGACCAGCAAACCUUGGAGAAGGUGCAAUAAGAAACUUCAUCACAAAGCAUCGUUGUAACUCUUGCUGCAAGAGGCUGAAACUUCCUGAUUUGAGAAGAAAUGAGUACAUACUGGAAAGGGUCAGUCCAGCCCCUGAAAUAGAAAUGGAGACAAGCACCAGAGGAGCUGACAAUGCAGAUGAGCCUUUGCAGUAUGACACGAGGCUGUGA